CGACGGGGAACAGGCGCUUUUCAGACCGUUGCAGAUCUGAAAUAGAGCCGACACAUACUCAACCGAGUCUCCGUGUAGUCGUCGACCGUCUCGCGUGACAGUGUUCAUCUGGACUUUAUUUCAGGCAGCGUCGCAGCUCAAGGCACACCGACGGCUCGUGUUGUUGUGUUUAAGAUAAAACAAAUGCGUCAGACACACGUUUGUCCUGCUCAGUUUGUACAGCUAGCUCCCAGCGGCAGCAGCAGCAGCAGCAGCAUCGACCCCUCCAGCAGCAUCAUCUGCCCUCCAGCAGCAUCAUCAUCUGCCCUCCAGCAGCAUCAUCUGCCCUCCAGCAGCAGCAUCAUCUGCCCUCCAGCAGCAUCAUCUGCCCUCCAGCAGCAUCAUCUGCCCUCCAGCAGCAUCAUCUGCCCCGACAUGACGCUGAGGCGAGCGGCCUCGUCCUCCUGCCAGUGAUCGUGUUCGCGUGUCUUCUCUGCGUCGAUCGUUUCUGUUUCCCCGCACAGCCGCCUGAAGUGCAAACUGUCGCCUAACUGUUCUCAACAAACUAAUCAUCUGAUGUUGGGAUGCACUGCUCUUCUCAUCCUGACAGGGAAUCACUGACCGCUGGGAGGAUUCUCCCCUCGACAAAAUGAACUUCUUGCGUAAUCGUCUUGUUGUCCUGGGCCUGGUGCUGUUGGCCACGCUACUGCUGUACCUGCUGCUGCCGUCCAUUCGCCAGGGCAGCAUGGAGCCGUCUCUUGACGCUCAAAGGAUGGGGCUGAUGUCCACCCCUCCUCCUCCUCUUCCCACCAUCAACGUGUCCGUUCGCACCGGACAGCUGCCCGGAGACCCACCGCUGUUCUUCAGGGAGGCUCUGCCGGUCGACGGGGCUGGACGACAGAUUUUGCCGAGGCUGCAAGUUGUCCUUCUGCACGGCCAGGCCUUCACAUCCAAAACCUGGGAGGAACUCGGCACAAUGGCCCUGCUGGCAACUCAUGGAUAUCAGGCGCUGGCCAUGGACCUGCCAGGGUAUGGAAAGUCCCCGGACUCAGAGGCUCUAAAGACUGACCAGAAUCGAGUCGACCUCCUUUCAAGGUUCAUGGAGUCUUUGGGGGUCCGGGCAGCUGUGCUUUUGAGUCCCUCCAAGAGUGGACUUUACUCCAUCCCCUUCUUCAUGAAGAACAACGCUCAACUCCACGGCUUCAUCCCCAUAGCACCAGUUGGUACUCGAAGUUACACUCCGCAGCAGUACCAAAGUAUUCAGACUCCCACUCUGAUUGUGUUUGGAGCCCUGGACACAAAUCUGGGUGCCCAGUCCCACAAGAACCUCAUACAACUACCAAAUCACUUUGUGCUCAAGUUAGAGGGAGCUCGCCAUGCCUGCUACAUGGACAAACCCGGAGAAUUUCACCAGGGAUUGAUCGACUUCCUCAGCAAACUGAAAUGAGAUGCGCAGAAGAGGAAGAUGCGGUGGAAAGAUAUAAACAAGAUGAGGAAAAAUUUGAGAUAAGAACUCUAAGCUGUGGUUAAGUGUGUUACAGUUUUGCUAAAAAAUGACUAAUAUCAGCAUCAUUUUCAUAUAAUCAUAACCUGAAGAUCAUUGGCAUUGGAGUAGGUUUCAUUUCAUGGAAAAUGGCAUGUAAAUUUGUGUCCAUAAUUUUGCCCAAAAACAUAAGACUACUUAUUGCAUCAGACUUGUAUAGUGGUGAGUCUUUAGUUUCAUGUGUUAUGUGACUCUCUUUGCAUGUAAAAACAUGGAAUGUGUUUGCUUCACAGUUACCCUUUUUGUAGGUGACAUGUAGGUUACUGUAAAUAUGCAAAGUAGCAGGUGCCUGCAUUUAAAUUGCUUCUGGCAACCAUUCCAUCCUCCAGACAAACACAUGCUGUUCUCAACAAAAGCUUAUAGCAUUGAUGCACAUUGUAAUAAAAAAAAAGUAAGACAAAAGAAAAAUAACUUGCAUUUAUUUGUAUAAAGAUGAUAAAAUCAUAUGUAAUAUAUUUGCAAUAAGUUUGGACAAUCAUGCAGAAAACAAAUAAGAAGUCCAUAGCUUAAAAUAAAAUCCCCAAAAAUGUG